AUGUCUCAGAAUACCCAAAAUCCCGAUGGGGCUUCCCGAGGUUCGUCGGUGCCAGCCGACUCCAAGAUUGAUCACGCCGCCUCGAUCAGGUACUGGAGCAGUCUUCCUAGCACCACCAGCAAUAUGUUAGGCAUGCUUGGCACCUAUCCGUGGUAUUCACGCAUCGAAUUACAAGGGUCGAAGAACUUCUUGAACAAAGUCCGCCGACUCUCACCCACACUUCAAUCUGACGGCAAAUUCAACCUCGGAGUUGAUUGUGGUGCUGGUGUUGGACGCGUCACCGAGGGGUUUUUACGCCAUUUUUGCACUGUGGUAGACGCGGUAGAACCGGUGCAAAAGUUCACCCAAGUCCUCGAAGAAGGACAACUCAAGAAAGAUGGCGUUAUAGGAGACAUCUAUACCCUCGGUCUUGAGGAUUGGUAUCCGGAGAAGAAAUACGACCUAAUUUGGACUCAAUGGUGUGUGGGUCACCUCACAGAUUCGCAGCUGGUUCAAUACGUGUCUCGAUGCCGGAAUUCUUUGACAGAUGGCGGAAUCAUGGUGAUCAAGGAGAAUCUAUCCACUCAUCCUGGCGAUCAAGACAUGUACGACGAUGAGGACAGCAGUGUGACAAGGACGGACGCGAAAUUCAAGCAGAUCUUUGACGAAGCUGGAAUGGAGGUGAUCAAGGCGGAGAUCCAGACGGGAUUUCCGAAACAAUUCAAACUCCUUCCUGUCAAGUCUUACGCGUUACGACCGAAAAUCUGA